AUGCGGGCCUUCAGACUAACCAGAAGCAAAACGCCCCUGAGCACUGCUUCAGUGUUGGAGCUGUUCCAGAAGAUAGACGCCAAGCUGCCUUUUAUCAACUACGAGCCCGUUGCUGACUUAGUCCCGUCUUCUGGCGAGCUGUUUAUCAUCGAAGGACUCGACACGCCCGUGGCAGACGGGCAGAUAUACGCCACGCCCUCGGAUAUUUUCCACGAAGAAAAGUUUGAUGUGGUAAUAGACAGAACAAAAACAUCGCCAAAACUCUUCAGAUUCAUCUACUACAACAGAACAAGCUGGUACAGAGUAGCACACUACCUCAUAUGCGAACAAAAGACGGGCAAGAGCGCACCUGCGCCACAGAACAACACAGUCGCUGAUAGAGUAUGCAGUAACUUUCUGGAGGAGUAUGCCUUUCUGCAGGACAUUCUGUUCAGGCCGGAGAAAGCACAGAACACAAAUGGCCAUCUAGACCUGGCGUUCUGGAAGGAGCUGGUAAACAGACACAUUGAAGACAUAGUGGACAGCAAAUAG